AUGGCGAAUCAAGCUGAACAACAAACGGCCGUGGCUGCUCUACGCGCCCAGUUGGCUGAUCCUGACAAGAUCGUUGUGUGUCCAGGUGUAUAUGAUGGAUUUACCGCCCGUAUGGCCCUAAAAGCUGGCUUUGACUGUUUAUACAUGACCGGGGCCGGCACAACUAUGUCAAGACUGGGAAUGCCAGAUCUUGGCAUUGCAACUCUCAACGAUAUGAGAGAAACAGCUUCUAUGAUUGCUUCCUUGAAUCAGAGAGUCCCUCUCAUCGCUGACGCAGACACCGGUUAUGGUGGACCCGUGAUGGUUGGACGCACUAUUGCCCAAUACAUGCAAGCCGGAGUGGCCGCGCUGCAUCUGGAAGACCAAGUCCAGUCCAAGCGCUGCGGCCAUCUCUUGAACAAGCAGAUUGUCCCAGAAGACGAAUUCUUGUCUCGAAUCAGAGCUGCAGUGCUACCUGUUUUCGAAGCGGUGACAAAGACCUUGGAAACGCUGAAAGAGUCUGGUGCACCUCCAAAAUCUGAGUUCAAUAGUAGUGGUUCUCCCAAGGCGUUAUUUGAAGUGGUGGGAUUACACGAAUGUCUUAGCCUUGACAAGGCAGCAGGAGGUGCAUCAUACAACGGUGGAGUAUAA